AUGGGCAAGAAACAUAAAAAGUUUUUAGAAUAUAGCUCAAUUGGUAAUACAAUUAGCGCUUUAAAGGCUAAAUAUUAUAUAGCCAAAUUACGUCCUACUGCUGUAGAUUUCUUGAAAAAUAAAAAUAUUAAUGUUAAUAUACAGUUAGUUAUGCCAAAACAACCAGCUUAUGCAAAUAGAUUUGCAGUAAUUUAUAAUAGACUUAAAACAAUAAAUGUUAAUGAAUUACUGGACAUUAAAACUUUAAUAAAUAAAGCUAGAAUUCCCAGAGCAAUGGCAGAUUUAUUUAGAUUUUCUGGCACUCAGGAUAAUUUUAGAAAUGAUAUUAAAAAUAUAAUAGGUUUAACUGAUCUGGAUAUAGGUACUAGAGGUUUAAAUUCUAAUGAAUUCAAUAAAAUUAUUGCUCUUGAAACAGAUAUAUAUAAAUUAAAUAAACUUACAGAGUAUAUUAGUAAAUAUUAUUUAAGUAAAAUUACGUCAAAACAAACAUUUGAUCAUUUAAAAUUUAUUCAGAAUACAUAUUAUUUAGAUAAUAUUAAAAGAACUCCGCCUCCUUUAUGUAGAGUCUAA